AUGGCUGCACGGUGUUCCCCACGGUGGUUGAGGGUGGUGGUGGGGACCCCCCGGCUGCCGGCUGCAGCGGGGAGAGGGGUCCAGCAGCCAGGGGGUGUAGUGGUACCAUCCCUGUGUUGCAAGCUGUGCGUCUCUGCCUUCGGGCUUUCCAUGGGCGCUCACGGCCCCCGGGCGCUGCUGACAUUGAGACCCGGUGUCCACCUCACAGGGACAAAAAGUUUCCCUUCUGUUUGUACCACCUCCUUCCACACAAGUGCUUCUUUGGCCAAAGAUGAUUACUACCAGAUACUGGGAGUACCCCGAAAUGCCAGCCAGAAAGAUAUCAAGAAAGCCUAUUAUCAGCUUGCCAAGAAAUAUCAUCCAGACACAAAUAAGGAUGGUCCCAAAGCCAAGGAGAAGUUCUCCCAGCUGGCAGAAGCUUAUGAGGUGUUGAGUGAUGAAGUGAAGAGGAAGCAGUAUGAUGCUUACGGCUCUGCUGGCUUUGACCCUGGGGCUAGCAGCUCUGGGCAGGGCUACUGGAGAGGAGGUCCCUCUGUUGACCCUGAGGAGCUGUUCAGGAAGAUCUUUGGGGAGUUCUCAUCUUCUGCUUUUGGUGAUUUCCAGAAUGUGUUUGAUCAACCUCAGGAAUACAUCAUGGAGUUGACAUUCAAUCAAGCUGCCAAGGGUGUCAACAAAGAGUUCACUGUGAACAUCAUGGACACCUGUGAGUGCUGUGAUGGCAAAGGGAACGAGCCUGGAACCAAAGUACAGCAUUGCCACUACUGCGGUAGCUCGGGCAUGGAAACUAUCAAUACAGGGCCUUUUAUGAUGCGUUCCACAUGUCGGAGAUGUGGUGGCAGGGCCUCCAUCAUCACAAAUCCCUGUGUGGUCUGCAGAGAAGCAGGACAAGCCAAGAAGAAGCAAGUUACAAUCCCUGUGCCUGCAGGAGAAGAUGGUCAGACUGUAAGGAUGCCAGUGGGAAAACGAUAAAUUUUUGUGACAUUCAGGGUACAGAAAAGCCCUGUGUUCCAGAGGGACGGUGCAGACAUCCACUCCGACCUCUUUAUUUCAAUAGCUCAAGCUAUUCUUGGGGGCACAGCUAAAGCCCAGGGCCUGUAUGAGAUAAUCAAUGUGACGAUUCCUGCUGGGAUUCAGACAGACCAGAAGAUUCGCUUGACUGGGAAAGGCAUCCCCCGGAUUAAUAGCUAUGGCAAUGGUGACCGCUACAUUCACAUCAAGAUCAGAGUUCCAAAGAGGCUAAGCAGUAGGCAGCAGAACCUGAUCCUGAGCUAUGCCAAGGAUGAAACUGAUAUGGAGGGGACAGUGAAUGGUGUCACCCAUAUAAGCACUGGAAAACGGUCAACUGGAAACUAGAUGGAGCAGCAGCCCCCUCUCCGUGGCCAGGGCAUCAGACACGGG